ACAAUCAUUUUUUCUUGUGAUGAGGCAUGCUUUGCUUACAUGUGUAAUUUUCCGCAAAAUUGAAAUCUUACAUGUGUUUUUCUCCUUCCUUUUUCUUCUCGGGUCAACCUGAACAGCAUCAACAUGGAUCCAUUAUUCCGGCGAAAAGAUAAGGUUAUCUUUGUAAUGGGAGCCACCGGGACUGGCAAGUCCAGGCUUUCCAUAGACCUCGCAGCCCGUUUCCCUGCUGAGAUUAUAAACUCUGACAAAAUGCAAGUCUACAAAGGCCUGGACAAAGUCACUGAGGAGGAGUGUAGAGGCAUACCUCACCACUUGCUACGCGAAAUCGAUCCGAACUCAAACUUCACGGCCGAUUAUUUCAAGCACAUCGAAUCGAUCUUCAUCGCCGGUGGUUCGAAUUCCUACAUCGAUCGGACGGUGGGUUUGCUGGAUGAGGCCAGGAGAACUGAAGAUGACGAAACCCGAGCGGCUAUUUCUAAAAUUAAAGAAAGCGCUUGCCAUUUGCAAAAGAUCCGUCGCCUGCAGAGCCGACGAAACUGGAACAUGCACCGCCUCGAUCGACGCCACACAAAUUUUCUUCAAGCACCACGUGGAGGCCGAUCGAGCGUGGGAAAAACUCGUGGCAAGACCCAAGCUCCUACAUAGAGGAUGUGCGCAGUGGGCCCUGGCCCACAUACAUACAAGCUCCAUUUGACAUGAUGCCACGUGGCAUUUUUGUUUUUAUGUUUUUGUUUUUGUUUUUUUGGUUUUUGUUUUGGGUUUUAGCUUCUUUCAUUUUUCUUCCUUGGGAUUGGGAGUGAAUCCGUCGUGGCAUCAUUGUCAUUCCUUGAUCGAUUUUUAACGACGUGACCUUGGAGGCACUCUUGCUGCCUGAAUUGAACGUGCAAUCUAUCUAAACGUUAAACAAAAGUCACCACCAAGGAAGGAGCAUAACAUUAUUCGGACUUCUUCUGAGUCACCACCAAGGUAGGGAGGAGCUGCAGUUUUUGUAGGUAGUCAUUAAAGUAUCUUCCCGAUUAAAAAAACAUAAAAAAGAAGAUGAAGAUAACAUAAUAUGAUCUGUGCCAUUUUCAG